AGAGAGAGAGAGAGAGAGAGAGAGAGAGAGAGAGUGAGAAGGAGAGUUGCACAUAGUUUAAAAAGUGUGAAUUCUCUCUCUGUCCCAAAUAAAAACAAGUGGGACGAAACUUGGAUAGGUCUACCUAUAAACACUGAUACUCAGAAGAGAGGGAAGGGGAGGAACAACCAAUAGAUAGAAAAGGAUUAUGAAAAAGAAAAAGGAAAGCAGGAGCGAGUAAAACAAAAACAUCUGUUAGUACAUAAAAAGUUCUUGCAACAGGUGUAAGACAACCAGCAUAAGAAUACCAUCACCUGCUAAAAGUGCCUCUGAGCAGUCAUGCCCAUUCCCAUGGCAACAAGGACAGUAAUGAUGCUGGUUGUCAUUUUGAUGUUUUUGGCUUCGUCACGUGCUAUGAGCAACGAGCUGGAAGAUCAUAGCACCUGGAACUAUAGAGAAGGAGUGGAGCAUGUGAAUGUGGCUAAUGUUCGGAGUGUGACGAGAGUGCUGGACACAUGGGGCAAGCGCAUCUUUAACGAGAUCAAGACGCUGCUGCACUCCCAGCCCAAUACUCUCCUGCCUGACUACUCAAGAGUACGUCCUCUCUCUGAGUCCCUCAACGAUCUCUUCAGAGAAGUCUCCCACUUACAAAGGCGCAUCACAGACCUCAACAAUCGCCUAGCAACCUUGGAGCCCUUUCUCCGUCGUCAUGGCUACUACAAGGAAGACAAGGAAGCCACCAGAGGAGCCCCCCAGAGCCUAAAAGGUGUAGGCACAAGUCUGGCACAGUACCCACCACGGAACAGGGUCCGAGUGGCCCGGCCAGUGAACAGGGUGGUUCAAACCAGGAGAGUGAGGCUGUACAAGGAUGAAAACGGCAAGGUCAAAGUGCGGGAGAUAGAAAGAUAGACAGAAAGGAAAGGCCGACAUGCAUUAUAGACAAAGAUAUUCAUAUUUUAGAACAAUAUAAAUAAUAUGCAAAUAUUAUUAAUAAUGUAUGGAAUAUAAUCAGUAAGCUGUCUGUGUUGAGUUGUUAACCUUGUAUUAAGCUCAUAUAAUGAGUCACGUACAUCAUAUAAAUUAUACAGGAAUAUGUUCUCUCUGCUGGCUGUGCUAGUGUAUGCUGAGAUCUCAAAGGUCCAAUCAGAGUUCUCUGGCAGAGGAAACUUUAAGCGGCUUUUACUGGACUGUAGCUAACACCUCCAGCAUAAAAAACCUUGCCUACCCAUUAACAGUCCCCUGGUGAUUUCACUUUUUGGCCAAGUUAAGCUUAGUCUCAAAAACCUCAAAGAUAUACUUUUCAUUGGUAAGUUAGUUUGGACUUCUGGGAAGAGGACUCAUGCUAACCCCCAGGUGUCAGAGCUUUAGCUGAGUAAUCUGCUUUUCAAUAAACAUGUCCUGAAACUCA